CAUUCUUAUAAUUUAUUUUAAUUUAUUGUAAGUGAUUUAUAAAUACCCUUCUUAAUAAUAUUCUUUCUGUUGCAGGAGAGGAUGUAGAGGAUGCAUACAAGCCCCGCAGAUGGAUAUCAGCGGGCGAAGGCCCAUACCGGCUCAUCGUAUCUUCUGAGUCGGAGUCCCUGGACCAGGAGGAAUCGGUCUCCUUAGCCGCCGCGCAGGCCAAGAAAGAACGGGAGAAGGCGUCCGGCGAGGAGUAUGACAAGGUCACCCAGCGGAUCAUCCUCAAGAGAACCAGGAAGAGGGACCGCCUUUCUUCGGAAGUUCUGAACCCGCGAAAGAGGCGAAGGAACCCGACCUCUUCGACGACGGGUCUUCCACAGACCAUGUCCUAUAACCUGUACAACCACUUCCGCCCGCUAGAGCAAGAUGUGCCUCAGGACCACCUCAUUCCUUUUCUCGACUUUGGCAAGAAGCUGUCGACACCGAGCGGGAACGACGGCUCUUCUACUCCUAAGCUCGAUGACAGAGAUGAGGAUGACGUUUUCCACGAAGACAUGGAUGUCACGGUGAUGAAGAAGGCCGUGGAGAGAAACUCAGCGCCGCGUGGUCCAAUCCAGAUGAAGCCUACGCACAUCGCCAGCUUCUUCGCUACCAACUCCUCGGAGUCCGCUCCUCAUGUAAAUAAAACCGUCCAAAUUUCUAAUGAUACUUCGGAUGUUCAAACUAAGACUGACCAGAAGGAUGUCCAUUAUGACCUCCAAUCCAACGAGAGUGGUAUCAAGCUUCAUGCUGUUCUUUCACCCAACUAUGGCCUGAGGCUCAAUAGAACUGAAAAAGAAACGACAAACGUCACAGAAAGCAGCACGGAGUCUAAAGGCAUCAGUUCUACAACUGAAACUAUAAACAUGAACAUGACUUCGACUGAGAGAGCUGUCACUGACAAAGAAAAAGAAGAAAGCAAACCCGAGCAAGUGACAGAAUCUAAAGUUGAACACGUUGAGCCUCUUUCGAAAGUAAAUAUUGAUGACUCAGAGCGUGAUGAUACUCCAGUUCCUAUUCCUGCGCCGAAACCUACAGCAAGGAUUCUUUCCACCGCAGUGGUCACUUCUGUCUCUGUCAAAGAAACACUUCCUAGGCUGCCCAGGCUCAAGCCCAACAUAACCAGGCCAGAAACUUACCAGAGGCUAAUGUUGAAGAAUACCACUUCAGAAAACAUUACACAAACUCCACAUAUCAGCCAUGAUCCCAGGCUCCGAUUGGACAACUAUACGCUUAUCGGGCUUCAGAAUGCGAGGCGAAAACCCUACACGACGCUUAGGCCAAAGACUACCACUUACAGACCCGUGACUUUCAGAAGUGUGUUUAGGAGGAACAUGACAGGUUUGGGGACAGGAGUGGUCCAUAUCGUGUCGACACCUCCGACCUACAUCGAAGUACCAAAGAUUAUUACCAAUCCUCCUGUAAGGCUUGCUCAUAUUGACACUAGGCAGUUCCCAGUCACCAACAGGGUCCAACAUCUCUUCCCCACGAUAGCUUCUUCUUUCAGGCCUAGUACUACAAGACCUUCAACGUCCUUAGCUCCUACAAUGACGUCUUCUUCAACGCCUCCAAUGGAAACCACAACCAUGUCUGUAACCACUACAACAAGACCGACUACAAUAGCAACAAGUCCUGUCACAACAUCAACAAGCCCACCUUCGACAACUGCUAGGACUACAACAACUACCAUAUCGGCACCCCCAAUGACUACUAGUCAAGUCAUUGCUACGGAAGGAUUCCCUGCUGAUUAUCCUAUGAAAACCGAACUAGGAAUAGUUGAAGAUAUAAGUGGCGAAGUGGAAAAUGCAACAGUACACAUAGAGUUCAAGCCUUUAGAUACUUUGCAGACUUCCUCGACUACAGAACCAUCCGGAAAGGAAAUAGGCAAAAGGCCGAGCCUACUCUGGAUAUACAACCAGAGAAAUCAUUCUAUUUUGAGAAAUCAGCCAGUAGGUGUCGCCUACCCUGAGUCUCAGAUAGGUCUAGUUACGUACGUUCUGGCUGCUCUGGCUCUCAUACCGCUUAUACUUGGACUUUCAGUACUUGUCAGGCAGAUAUUCAGGAAGUCAAAAAAGAAGGUUCUUGAUGAGUCGGAAUAUUCUUCAGAGUACAACAGGACACCUUUACCCACCAAAUUGCCCAGAGUGCCCCCUCAUAUUAAUUGGGAAGCUGAGAAGCAAACAUCUCAUACCACCCAAACAGUAGCGGUAGCUCCAGCGAUUCCCGUCACCAAGUGGGAAUUCUCCAGAGACAAGCUGAGACUCCAGACAGUCCUCGGUCAAGGAAACUUUGGACAGGUUUGGAAAGCUGAGGCUGACGACUUAAGCGGACAUGAAGGAUCAACCCGUUUAGUCGCCGUGAAGACGGUGAAAGAAGGAGCCAGCUUGCGAGAGAAAGAAGAUCUCCUCAGAGAGUUAGGGAUCAUGCAAGAGCUCGGUGCUCACCCGAACGUUGUCACUCUCUUAGGCUGUUGCACCGACAAAGAGCCAUAUCUUUUGAUAAUGGAGUAUGUGAUGUAUGGAAAGUUGUUGGCGUUCCUGCGAGAACACCGAACACGAGCACAUUACUUCAAUUUUUCUGAUUUAUCUUCAGCACUUACCUCGCGGGAUCUUACAGUCUUCGCUUAUUGUGUAGCCAGGGGAAUGGAAUAUCUUGUUACUAAAGGAAUAAUUCAUAGAGACUUGGCAGCUAGAAAUAUUUUGGUAGACCACACAAAGCUGUGCAAGAUCGCUGAUUUUGGUAUGUCAAGAAAUGUUCGUGAUACUGGGCAGAUAUAUGAACAAAGGCCAAACAGAGGCGCACUUCCAAUCAGGUGGAUGGCUCCAGAAUCACUCCAUUUAAGUUUAUUCACUCAUAAAUCAGAUGUAUGGAGUUUUGGAAUAUUGAUGUGGGAAAUAGUCACUCUAGGUUCUACCCCAUACAACAAAAUGGGUGGUAGGGAAGUAAUGCGACAAGUGAUGGACGGAUACAGACUUGAAAAACCAAAACAUUGUCGUACGGAGCUUUACAAAGUGCUCACUAAAUGCUGGCACAAUGAUCCAGGAAAGAGGCCAUCCUUCACAGAACUCAAACAGGAGUUGGCAGCCCUGCUUGCUGACGAGGAGACUAAUGGAGAAUUUGUUGAUCUGGAAGCGCUGACAGAAGAAAUGUGCGAUCAAAAUAACUGAAAUAACUUAUCCCUAGCUUCUAGGGAACGUAGACUGUUCUUCAAAAUACAAAAACAAAGAUUAAGUGUCUGUCAUUCUUUCAUGUUUAAACUUUCAUUUUGUAUUUUAUGAAUAUUAUGUUGAAAAAAUGUUAUAUUUAAAUUAUUUUUCAGAUUUGUACAUAGAGUUAGAUAUUGUAAUCAUUGAUAUGAUUUUCAAUUGAAAUAUUCAGAAAGAAAAAAAAUAUGUCCUUGCUUAAAAAAAAAUAAUAAUUUGAUAUAAAGUUGUUAAAUCUAAAUAGUGGUAUUAUAAAAGAACAAAAAUAUUUUAUUCAUCUAAAUAUAUUAUUCAUUUUAUUAUAUUGAUCAUCACUCUUUACAAAUGAAUAUAUUUGAGAGUUCAUAAUAUCAAUUAAAAAUUUAUUUAUUUAUUUCAAUGUAAGCUAUAAUUUUUCAAUUCUUUCGAUUUUGUAUACUUUUUGAUUUAGUAAAAUGACUGAAUGCUGUUAUUACAAUACUUUUUUAUUAAAUUUAUUUAGAGAAAAAUAUUUCAUUUUUUGUUUUAAAGGUUUAUUUUUCAAGUUUCCAAAGAUUAGUAUAAUCUUUUUUUUAAAAAUAUUUUUAUUGAGUUCAAUGAAGAAAAAAAAAUUGUAAAUUAAAAAAUUAUAUUUUGUAGAUAUGAUAAUGGAGGCCUGUAAAUAAUAAUUAUAUUUAGCGAUAAGAAGAGUUGUAUUUUUUGAAUUUGUAUAUAUACAAGAAUUAUUUUUAAAAUUAUUAAUUUUUUAUCUAUGUAUGUUAAAGGAACACUAGUUGCAUUGGUUAAUUUAACACUAUGAUUGAUGUAUUUUCUAGUCUAUCUGUUUAUUUUUGUUUUAUUUUUUAAUAAAAAUAAAGCUUAAAAUAUUGCAAACAGUAUUCGUAUAACAUACAUAUCAUAUGUGACAUUGUUUCCUUCUAAUAAAUGUACAUUUUCAUAAAUUUUAUUUUCUCUUAUUGUGUCUUCUUCCUAUAUAUUAUAAUAUCAUAAAAAUUUAAUUAUUAUAUCUUAAUGUUUUGCUAUUUUAUGUUGUUUAUAAUUAACAGGUGGUUAUCCAAUACCACGCAACAAAAGCUUCAAUUCACC